AUGGACGGCUGCCUGCGCUGGUGCCAUCGCACCUGUGUGUGCUGCCUGACCGAGGAGGAGAGGAGAACUAUCGCCAUGGACAGGGAGAUCCAGAGGAUCCUGCACCAGCAGAAGAAGAGGGAGCGAAGGGAAAUCAAAGUCCUCCUCUUAGGCACUGGGGAGAGCGGGAAAACCACCUUCAUCCGCCAGAUGAGGAUCAUCCAUGGCCGAGGCUUUUCAGAGGAGGAGAGGAAGGGCUUUGCCAAAUGCAUCUUCCAGAACAUCUUCACAGCCGUCAAGGCCAUGACAGGAGCCAUGACCACGCUCAAAAUCCCCUACUCCAACCCAGAGAACGAGAUGUGCGCUAAGUGGCUCCAGGGUGUGGACACAGUGCACGUGACCCAGCUGGACCGGGGCUACGUUGACGCAAUUCGGCGGCUCUGGGCCGACUCGGGGAUCCGGGUCUGCUACGGCCGCCGCAGCGAGUACCAGCUGCUGGACUCCACAGAGUACUUCAUGACCAACCUGGACCGCAUUUCAGCGCCAGACUUCAUCCCCACUGACCAGGAUGUGCUGCGAGUUCGAUUCCCCACCACGGGCAUCCACGACUACUCCUUCAACGUCAAGACCAUCACGCUCAGGAUUGUGGAUGUGGGAGGUCAGAAGUCGGAGCGCCGGAAGUGGAUACAUUGUUUCGAGAAUGUCACCUCCCUCAUCUUCCUGGCCUCCCUCAGCGAGUACGACCAGGUCCUGGAGGAGAGAGAGAGCGAUAAUCGAAUGCAUGAGAGCCUGGCUCUGUUCUACACCACCAUCCACUCGCCAUGGUUCCUCAACACGUCCAUCAUCCUCUUCCUAAACAAAACCGACAUCCUGGCCGACAAGAUCCAGACCUCUGACCUGCAAAACUAUUUCCCCAGCUUCACAGGCAGGAGGCGAGACGCAGAAGACGCCAAGAACUACAUCCGCAAGAUGUACGAGCAGCAGGCCCUGAGCCGCGACAAGAGGGAGGAGAGGAAGACCCUCUACCCCCACUUCACCUGCGCCACCGACACCAACAACAUCCGCCGGGUCUUCAGCGACGUCAAGGACACCGUGCUGCUCAAGUCUCUCAGGGACUAUGGAGUCAUCUGAACCUGGAGGAGGAGGACGAGAGAGGGCGCAGAGCAGAGGGGGUUUCAAGUCUGGUAACCUGUACGAGUUAGGAUUACGAUGGAGGACUGCUGACCAGGACACUGGUUCUUCUCCUCAUAAAAUACGAUGCAGCAAACGUCCCGGCAUCACUUCUGGUGAUUCCCUCUCGGGCCGGGGCAGUUGGUCAGCAUUAUUCCUCUUCCUCAGCAGAUCUUCACGAUGGAGGGACGAGGUUCUACUCUUGUGCAGAAGCGCCGAAGACUUCUCCUCUCCGCCUCGCAACCCUUCUCUUCUCUCCCACUCAGCCGGGACUGACGGAAGCAUUCAGGGACAUCAGGGAUGCUGUGGACAGAUGUGACUCCGACUCCCGAACAUGGAGCUUCUAACUAGCAAUCAGCCUCAAUUCUCCCAGCCUGCGGCCCCCCUCCCACCAACCCCCCACCCCAAUUUGUUUCUGUUUUUCAUGAUGCACGAGUGGAUCCAUAAUUGAACCAGGACCAGAGAUGCCAUGAAGUGCCGCAUCGCCAUUAAAGGAAUAAUGACUUCUACAAGUGCAGAGGGGCCCCGGCACAGCGGCACACAUGCCCACACACUCACACUCGUUCACGGCUGCUUGAAAACACAAACAGAUGUGCAUGGUUGCACCGGUGCACUGACACACACACACACACACACACACACACACACAUACUCCCGUACACACACAAAGUUACCUUUUUGGUAAACAGUUUAGGGCACGUUACAAGAAAUCAGUGAAUCAGGGAAUUGCUUUUUGUGUUUCAGAAAAAAUUCAUGCCUAUCAGUGCGCUAGUGGUGCAUUAGAUCACAGAUCUGAUUACAUAUAUUUGAUAAAGCAGUGCAGUGACACAGUCCUUAUUAAACAUCAUGUUCAGAGAGGGUAUCUACCAUAUGUUAGCAUAGUAGUAUGUGCGUAAUACCAAUAUGAGAUGACACCCUUACCUCUACCUGUAACAGUCUCUGUUCAGCAUCUCUUUAAGUGGUGUGGCUGAUCGCUCCAAUCAAGGUGCGAAAAGUGGUGUGUGUCAGCCUCUCGCCCCACCUCCAGACGCACCACCACCAGCACCGCUGUGGUCGACAGUGUGUGAAAGUUCACACACGACUCACAGCUGCCACCUGCUACACCUGAGGCAGCUG